GACGUGCGGCAGCACGCAGCGUCCUGACGUCACCAAAGCGAACCAAUCAUAAAAUGGACGUCUGACGGAAAAAGAACGCCAUCAUAAGUACUGGCAGCUCACUGAAGGGGGGAAAAUGCUGUAUUGAAACGAUGGGACGUUCAGUGAGGGUCUGCGGGUGAACACAUAUCGGGGAGCCGGGAGACGGUGCGGGUGUGGUGGGGUCUCCUACUGAGGGAAGGCGCGCUUCGUGUCCGUGUCUGGAGUGUGUGACUGAGGGCGGCCGCUGAUUGGACAGGAGGGAUGUGGCGGGAAAUUGGACGGCUUGUCAGUCGGGUCACGUGACGCGCUGACCGGAGCCGCCUGCAGUGACUGGAGGAACAGUUCUGUCUUUUAGACCUGACGCAAUGAUGAACGAAAACGAAUUUGACUCUUCAGAUGAGGAAAUGGUGGGAAAUGAACAAACGCCUCUGGAGUUAUUCUGGCUCAGCCUAGAACCAGUCAAUUACGCCCAUAUAUUAGGAAUCAGCGCCCUUCCAGGGUGCAAGUUUAAAAAUAUUCGAAGGAACCUUCUCCAAAAUGUAGAGGAAAUGAAGAGACUUGAAGUCCAGGAUGUAUUUGUAUUCUGCACUCUGUCAGAGCUUUCAUUCUAUCGCGUUCCUACUCUUAUACAAGAAUAUCACAAGCAGGAGUUUGUGGUCCAUCACUACCCUUUCCCUGACGGAGAUGUGCCAGAACUUGACACCUGUCGUAAAAUUUUGGAAGAGCUAAGGACCUGUAUGGACAACAGCAGAAAGACUUCAAUACACUGUUACGGUGGCUUGGGACGCUCGUGUCUUAUUGCAGCCUGUCUGUUACUUUGGCUGGACGACAAAAUGACGCCUGAGAAAGCGAUAAGUUUGGUUCGGGCUGCACGUGGUCCUGGGGCCAUACAAACCAUUAAGCAAUAUAACUUUGUUAACGAAUUCCGUGAAAACAUGUCGCGCUGUCCUCCACCUCCUGAAGAAACAAGACUGUCCUUGUCCAGAUGAUGGCGCCACAGAGAUCGCAAAAAGUGAGGUUUCCCAGCUUUCAUCUUGUGUAAUGCACACGAGUAAAAAGCAGCAAUGUGACUUUGUUUUGGUUUUUUUGUUCACUUUUUUUUUUGUAUAAAAACAUGGUAGCUCUUGGGCAAUUUCUCUGUUCUGUUUAAUUCUGCUGGUCAGUUUUUUUUUUUUUUGCAUUAGUUAA